CUCCCCUACUUGUCUCCUCUCUUUAAAAUCUCUCCUUCAAUUCUCUCUCUCUCUCUCUCUCUCUUUCUCCCUGCUACUGGCCAUUAAUGCCUGCAUCACACGAAGUGGAAGAAGGCAGAUCCGCAGCACCCUCCAAAGACCAUCUGAAUCCAAAUCCAAAUCCAACUUCAAACCCCGAUUCCACCCGGAAAAGAUGAAACUCCUCCCUCUCUCUUCCAAGAACAACCGCCACGACACGGUCCCCGACACGGCGACGUCGGCAUGGCCGUGGCCUUACUGCCACCAGCCCCGCACCCUCUCCUUCCGCGACGCCAGCCCCAUCUUCAAGACCAUCAACUCCGCCUUCGUCCUCGACUCCCCCGCCGACCCCUCCGAACCCUCCUCCUUCCCGAUCGCCGCCCCCGCCGCCGCCCCCUCGGAAGCGUCCCUUAGCUUCUCCACCGCCCCUUCCGAGCUGCCCGACGACGGCGGCGACGAGGAGGCCGGCGACGUCGAGUCCCUCAUCCGCGGCGCCCGCUCCGAGGGCCGGCUCUUCUUCGAGCCGAGCCGGGGCGACACCAGCUCCAUCCUCGCCGUCCGGCCGUCCCUGUCAAAUGCGGAAGCAAAUGAAGAUGCUCGCGAGGCGAACGCGGAGGAGGAGGAGGAGAACGACGAAGAUGACGUGGCGUUUAAGAAGGAGAAGGUGACGUUGCUGGCGAUGGAGUCGAGAGACCCGUACGAGGACUUCAGGAAGUCGAUGGAGGAGAUGGUGGAGGCUCACGGAGUCAAGGGCGACGACUGGGAGUGCCUCGAGGAGCUCCUCUGCUGUUACUUGCGGCACAACGACCGGGACAACCACGGCUACAUCUACGGCGCCUUCGUGGACUUGAUCGUCGACGGCGAUCGCCGCCGCCGCGGCGGUCAACGUCAUCAAUGCCGUCUCCCCGGCCACCAGUCUCCUUCGUCCCCGCUGUCCCUGUACAACACCUCGUCGUCCUCGCUGUCGUCCGCUUCGUCGUCGUCCCUGUCUGCCCGCUGCGUCUCCAUCUCGGAGGCGGAGGAAACCAUUACCGUGAGCACGCCAUGCUCCUUGUCGGGAGCCUUUCUGGAAGUGGUGGAAGAUGAAGGACAAACCUCUUCAUCGGUCGUUGAUUGAUAGAAUCGGUAGAAAAAUCAAUGUACGUAUCCUGCAUUAGGUCGCGGGCUAUUUUUAACGAUAGCCAAAAAGGAUUUCGAUUAGUCCCAUCUGCCACGAUCACCAUCUCUCUCCCUCUCCCUCUCUCUCUCUCUCUCUCUCUCAUUGUCCCAUAUUGACACGAUGCUUCAUCGUUAGAUUAGUGAGUAAUGAAAUGUGAUUAAGUGCA